AUGUACUUGCUGACCCCUAUUAUUGCUAGAGAUUCCAGCCUAUGGAGAAGUGCAGUAAGGAAUAGGAUAAAUAUGGCCGUUAAGGGUGAGAACCACUUAGAUUCCCUUCAGUUACCUGUUCAGCGCAUGCACUUAAUUCAAGUGGACUCUGUUCAGCGAUGGAUGGAAGAUCUGAAGUUGAUGACUGAYUGUGAAUGUAUGUGUAUUCUCCAGUCCAAACCAAUCAGCAUUGAGAAGGAUGAAGAAAAUGAAUUUGUCCUUUCUUCACAACAUAGUACAUGUGAUAACUUGCAGUUGCUAUUAAAAAGAGCUUGGAUCAUAAGCACAGAGUUUACCAGAAUUGCUCAAAAACUGGAGAAGAACAAAUGGCAAAGAGUCCACAGCAUGACAGUACGUGUCAACUGCCAUGUACGUUCAAUGAUAAAUGAACAUAAUACAUUCACCAGGAAUUCUUCAGAAGAAAUGCACCAGUUUGAAAAACUCUUAAUAGACAAAUGUUCAGAGUUUACGACAYUCACUGAAAGAUGCAUACAAAUUGAGGAUGAGCAGAUACAGAAAUCCAUGAAGUCUUGUAUUAAUGAAACGCUCUGUACUGUUGCUCAGUAUUUUGGCCAGUUGAUAGAGCUAAUUUUAACACAUGAAACACAGAAUCUGCUGAGACAAAUAGAAUUGUCAGACAAUGUGUACAUCACCGAGUUGGCUCUUAGUAGUUUAUUCAGCCUUACCCAGGAAGGUGGUCAUCUGUGCCGUAUCAUAGCUAAGGAAGGAGGUGUAGUUGCUCUCUUCAAGAUCUGCCGCCAGGAUUGUUUCCGGGGCCUUUACCCACAGACGCUGAGAACGUUGGCAUCCGUUUGCUGUGUAGAGGAAGGCAUGCACCAGCUGGAGAAGGUUGAUGGCAUCCUCUGCUUGGCUGACAUUCUUACUGAUAGCAGCCACUCUGAAGCCACUCGUGCAGAAGCAGCGGCAGUCGUUGCACAGAUCACAUCUCCACAUCUCACUUUCACUCAGCAUCUCAGCAGCUUCCUGGAAAAUAUGGAGGAAAUUGUAACAGCACUUGUCAAACUGUGCCAAGAAGCCUCAUCUGGUGAAGUUUUCCUGCUAGCUUCAGCAGCUCUUGCCAAUAUUACUUUCUUUGACACUGUGGCUUGUGAAAUGUUGCUUCAGUUAAAUGCAAUGAAGAUUCUUCUAGCAGCGUGUUCAGACAAGCAGAUAGUGGAUACUCCAUAUUCCCGGGAUCAGGUGGUAACAAUAUUGGCAAACAUGUCUGUAUUGGACCAAUGUGCUUCAGAAAUCAUUCAAGGAAAUGGUGUUCAGCUUUUAUUGGAAAUGCUUUUUGAGAAAUCAUCUUCAGGAAAUUCAGCAGAAGCUGCCGCUUGUGAGCGAGUCCAACAGAAAUCUGCAGUUACKCUGGCGCGACUCAGCCGAGAUCCUGAGGUGGCAAAUGCAGCCGUAAAACUCAGCUGUAUACCUCGCCUAGUUAAGCUCUGCAGAUCACCAACAGAAAGAAAUAACAGUGACUCGGUUUUAGUGGCAUGUCUGGCAGCCUUACGAAGACUAGCAGUUAUGAGUCCAGAGGGACUUGAAGAUUUGGAUUUUCAGCAGCUAGUAAAGCCCAGACUUGUGGAUUCCUUUCUGCUGUGCACAAAUAUGGAAGAGAGCUUUGUAUAAUAAGACRCUGUUGAGUAUAAGAGGAUUUGUAUUUGUAAUUUGUUUCUUGAUGGUUUGCAACUGUUUCUCUGGAUCACUUCAUUAUCAGGCAGCUUUAAGGUACUAGGACAUCUGCCAAAAAAGUAAGUAGGAUUUUUUUCUGACUGUAGUUAYCUUGUAGGUAUAUUAAGCAUCUUAAUCCAUUAAUGUUUGUUUAGUAUUAUAUGAGGCUUAGAUAAAAGGCACUGGAUAAUUGUUAAGAUGUGGUUGUCUUCCACAGCUUGUUAGUUGAUGAGAAUUUUGGCCUGCAUCAAGUGAUAAAUAGCAGCCACUUUUUUUUUUUCUUACUUUAAGUAUAUGGGUCAAGAAGUUUUUGUUUUAAUACCUUUUCCUUGUAAUCUCUUUAUUAAACUAUGAACUAUAUUUUGAAUGAAAUUGGAAAACAUUAGAAACUGAUAUUGCUAGAUAAAAUGUCAGUGUUCUUGUUUUUUGGCACAAACAGAAUCACUUCAAUUGUGGAAAGGGAGUAUGGAGUGAAUAAGACUGUGUUGUUGCUUACAGAUUAGAAUAAUUAGUAAAUCCAGGGGAAAUAACAGGCCUCCCAAGGCACAAAGAUUAAUUACUGGGUCCUUAGAAGUGCAGUUCAACUGUGAGAUGAUAGCAGGAUUAAAAAUAUAUAUAAUUUUAGAGUGUAACCAAAUCAGAAAAACAUUUUGGCUUCAUUGGGGAAUCAGGAUGUUGUGCUUUUCAGGAGAUUUUUCUCUGUGCUGUCCACCAGGCUUUAAAAACAGAAAACUAAAAAUGAAUGUAUAUGACAUAAGCAUGAUACUGAUUCCAGUGCCAGUUUGUCCUGCAGUCUAACAGCCCGCAUGUAUGAACUCUGCCACAAGCUCACGUUGGUUUCUGGGAGGCCUGUAGUGCUGUUUGCAAUGGUGUCAUUACCUGGGCAGUAAAUCCUUGCUUCCCUGAAAGCACAACUAGAACUCAAUGAAAAGAAGUAAUAUAUAAGAUUAUGUUUUGUAAACUUCUUAAUGAGAUCAAUUGCUACAAGUAAAAAACCCUGUCACUUUCUGUAUUAUAAUGUACCAUGCAAAGCGAUGGUCAUGUACAAAGUCAGUUGGAGCAGCUAUUAACUAAACCCAAAAUAUUAUGACCCAUAACAUUUUAAAGCCAUUUGGUACAGGCCAAACAGUGAGCAGCCUAAUGCAGUUAAUGGUCUAAUUUUCAAUACAACUGUAUGAAUUCAGAUGAAUUGAUUUUAAUACCUAUUUUAAUACAUAUACUUUCAGUCUGUAUAUAUGUARCCAUAAAUCUGGGCCCAUACAGUCAGUUUGUAUGUGUUCAUGUUACAGAUAUGGCUGCUUAUAUUAUAGAAACAAAAUAAAUCUAGGUGGAACUCAUGUUUGUAGUAGAAAAAAUACAUAUUAAAACAGCCACCUAACACCUGCUGUAACUUGAGUGUCACUAAAACCACUUAUACUAGUCUGAAUUUUUCACCCAAAGUUAUGUACUUUAUUUUUGCAUACAUUAAUGCUUAUGAGAAAAUAAAUAUUYCUCUUUCCUCCUCAUUAAAAACCUGGUAGGGAGUAUUGAAAUGUUAUUUUUUGCAUGAAUUCUGAGUGAAUUCUAGAUUUGAAAUUGACCAUUGAAAUUGGAUUUGAACAUUUGACAUUGAAAUUGGAUUUGAAAUUGACCAUUUUUUAAAGACAAAAAAGCAGCAGAUUCAGACAAAAAUGUAUAAUUUCAGUCUGUGAUGAAACAAAAUAUCCAAACAGUAUCACAAUAAUGGGUAAUUUGG